ACUCAGAAAAAGGUUUUUCACUCCUCCUCACACUUUGCACAAUCACACACUGACGUCUCAGACUGAAUGUGUGAGUGAGACGAGUGUUGAGAAAGAGAGAGCAGUGAGUGUGCAUGUGAGAGAGAGAGAUGAGUUCCACUCCACCCACAUCCAUCCGUGUCCAAUGUGAGGGGGAGGUGAAACAGUUGAGAGCUUACUGUGCUAUUAACUGGCAUUAUUUAGUUGCCUCAGUCUGGAGAAGAGACUAGUAAGCAAGACUGCACCCCACCAGAAUUCCACCCAGUUGGAGCAACGAUGACUUCCCAUGUGAAACUCCGGAAGGAGAAGGUCGGUACGGUGGACUACGACACACAAAUCAAAGAGGUGCGCUGCCAGCUUGUAGACCAGCUGAAGCUGUUGGACUUGCAACUCGAGCAGAAGAGCCAGCAGCUGCAAGACCUGACAGACUACCUGCGGCGGCGGAGCGAGAUUGAAAGCGAACACGCCCGCUCCCUUGAAAAACUCGCUGAAAAGUUCACCUCCAAGAUCAAGAGGAAGGAGCCAAUUAGUCACUCGGUGGCCCAGGUAUGGCUGGCUCUUCUGUCCCAGACCCGCCAAGAAAGUAGGGACCACAAUGGACUGAGUGAGCACUGCAGCAACUUCCUCAUCCAGCCCCUCACACACUGCCUGGAGUACACACAGCGCCUCGCCAAGAAGAGUAAAGACAUCUGUACUCAGCUACAAGAUGGACUACUCAAGGUUACCACAGAGCUACAGACUGAAUGGCGGACAUACUACCAGUACCACUCUGACUACGUGACUGCAGAGGGGAAGCUGAAGGAGGCAGAGAAACAGGAGGCAAAGCAGAAGAGUAAUAAUAAGAAGCUGGAGAGGUUGAUAGAAAAAAGACAAGGUAAGGCCCAAGAGAUCUACCUGAAGUGCAGCAAGGCCCGAAACGAAUACCUCCUCAACUUGGCUGCAGCCAACGCCUCCAUGAAUAAGUACUACCUCCAAGACAUCUCUACUCUUAUAGAUUGUGCAGAUGUAGGGUACCACCUCUCUGUAGGCCGGGUGAUGGAGGCGUACCUGUCCUGUCGGGGGCGGACCCAGCAGAACCUGAGCAUGGGGCUGCAGCAGCUCCAAGGCACUGUGUCUGGACUGGACCAGAGCCACGACAGAGACACCUUCCUGCAAGACCACUAUAACACCUUCUGUAUGCCUCUUCGCUUCACCUAUCAGCCCCAUGAUGGAGACCAGGUGUCCGAGGUGAGUGCAGAGAGAUGCGAUCUGGAGACCAGAUUCAAGCAGAUACAAACCAGACUGAAGGUAGUCACCCAGGAAACAGAGGAGGCCAGUAAGAACAUGUCGGCGGCCCAGUCCUCCCUGCUGGAGAGUAUUGGAGAUGAUGACCUGGAGCCCAGCGGUGGGUUGACUCAGGAGGACGCUGAUAACCUGAUGGUCAAGCCCAGUGUGGCUCGCCGCAGGGCCAACGUGCAGGACAUAGAAAUCCUCUACUUAACCAGAGUAAAAGAGCACCUUGUAGGCAGCUCCCUGGUGUGUAAACUGCAAGCCAAACAUGACCAGCUGAAAGUGGCGGUGGAGAAAGCAGAAGCAUCAAAUGGACAUCAGCCGAGACACAAUGGAAAGGCGCUGCGGUUCAGGAAGAAUCACUCAAGUGCCAAUUUGUUGCACAACCACAAACUUUUCGGUGCAGACAUGCUGUCCUUCAUACAGGCAUCCGGACAACAGAUUCCUAUUGUCGUGGAAAGCUGCAUUUGCUUCAUUAACCUCAAUGGUCUCCACCAUGAAGGGAUAUUCAGAGUGCCGGGGCCUCAGUUAGAGGUCAACAACCUGAGGGAUGCAUUCGAGCGAGGAGAGGACCCCCUGGCUGAACGCCGAUAUGACCUGGACUCUAUCGCUGGCGUGCUGAAACUCUACUUCAGAGUUCUGGAGAGUCCCCUCUUCCCCAUCAACAGCACCAGCCAACUCCUGGAGCACGCACAAAUAAAGAACGAGGCAGAGAGCGCAGCUCAGCUCAAAACUGUCAUCUGUUCCUACCCUGAGCCUGUCAUCAUCGUCAUGAGAUACCUCUUUGCGUUUCUUCAUCAUGUGUCUCAGUACAGCGACGAGAACAUGAUGCAGCCGUACAACCUGGCAGUGUGUUUUGGCCCCAGCCUGGUGAGAGGGGCUGACGAUGACGACAUGGUCGUCCUGACGCCGCAGAUCAACGCCCUGGUGAAGAGCAUCAUACUCCAGAACGAAAGCAUCUUCCCCAGCCAGAGCGAAGUUAAAGGACCGGUGUAUGAGAAAUGCAUGACACUAGAACAGGAUGACUGUGAGCCUAUCAUUGAAGAUGGAGAUGUAGAAGAUAAAGAUGAGUUGGAAACAGGAUCCUCAGCUGACAACAGCACCAGCUCGUGUGCAGCAGCGACACAGAGAAAAACAGAGCGUCCUAGAGCCAACAGCAGCAGCUCAGCUGACCGAAGUAGGCUGACAGCUGGACUCGCUGCAGGUGGAAAGCUAAAGCUCCAGAUUCCCGUCGGGCCACAGUACAAGGCACGGCGAGGCCAAUCUCCUGGCUAUCUGCGCAGAGAAUUGCAGGAACACUCAUCUUCCGAGGAUAUUGACGUUAAAGUUGACAAGGAGGUCUGUCGCCAGAUGGACUCGGUCUUCAUGGAGCUUCUCACGCGGCAAGCACUGCAGGAUCCCUCCUCCACCGCCUCCUCUCCCUCUGCCCAGGCUGCCCAGAGGAAAGGGAAGAAGGAUGGACGCUGGGGGAAAUGAGCGGGGCUCUUCAGAGCGGCAGAUCCACUGGACUGAGAGGACUGGCAUCACUAGAUGGAAUGAGAAGAGAGAGAUGAUGCUAAUUAAAAUGAUGCUCUGACAGUAGCUUUCAGCACAUCUAUUUCUAGAAAACAGAUCACUGGCCCCUAGGCACUUCUCUAAGGUCCUUGUGAUUGGUUACGGUUUCUUCCCACAGGGUGGCUCCCCACUCAGAACUCCUCUCAUUCAUGUUUUUGUACAGCAGCACCCUGCUGUGACUCCAGACCUGCAAUACAAUGUGGGAACUGUGGAUUACUUGAAAUGCACAGAUGUGAGUGUGUACAGCUGAAUGUGGUUAUGCAAUUCAUUACUUUAUAUCUGCAUCUGUGUGUUCAUAUGCAACUGUUUCCAGCCAAAUUUUCUCAGUGAUUUUUAGUCAGAAAACGCACAUCUAUACAACAGUACACAUAUAUUCUACAUCGAAUGUCUGUUUACCAACAUGAGAUGGAGUCACGUUGAUAAAACUGUGAAUACUGUAGCUGUAAGGAAUUUGUAUAUAUUCAUUAUUUGUAUCUUGUUUCACACCUUUUUGAUUUGUCUGUAUAUCUAGGCUACAUGCCAAAUAAAUAUUUUGUCUAUUCUGA